AUGGCUUUUUCAGCAACAAUUGCGGAAUCUUCAGCUUUAACAACAGAGGUUUAUAUACCUGAAUCAACAAAAGUUCCCACAUUCAGUACAGCAGAAUCAAAUGUGCCAACAAUCGAAGUUCCCACAUCCAGUACACCAGAAUCAACUGUGCCAACAUUAGAAGUUCCCACAUCCAGUACACCAGAUUCAACUGUGCCAACAACAAUAAGUCCCACAUCCGGUAAACCUGAAUCAACUGUGUCAACAAUAGAAGUAACCACAUCUAGUACACCAGAAUCAACUGUGCCAACAACAGAAGUUACCCCAUCCAGUACACCUGAAUCAACUGUGCCAACAACAAAAAGUCCCAGAUCCAGUACGCCUGAAUCAACUGUGUCAACAAUAGAAGUUACCACAUCCAGUACACCAGAAUCAACAGUGCCAACAACAAAAAGUCCCACAUCCAGUACACAAGAAUCAACUGUGCCAACAACAGAAGUUACCACAUCCAUUACACUUGAAUCUACUACAACAACAACAGAAGUUCCCACAUACAGUACACCUGAAUUAACCGCGCCAACAAUAGAAGUUCCCACAUCCACUACACCCGAAUCAACUACGCCAACAACAGAAGUUACCACAUCCAUUACACCUGAAUCAACUGUGCCAACAACAGAAGUUCACACAUCUAGCACACCAGAAUCAAUUGUUCCAUCAACAGAAGUUAUCAGAUCCAGUACACCUGAAACAAAUGCGCAAACAACAGACGCUUCCACAUCCAGUACACCUGAAUCAACUGCGCCAACAACAGAAGUUCAUACAUCCAGUUCAUCUCAAUCAACUGUGCCAAGAACAGAAGUUCACACAUCCAGUACACCUGAAUCAACUGUGCCAACAACAAAAAGUCCCACAUCCAGUACACCUGAAUCAACUGUGCCAACAACAGAAGUUCAAACAUCCAUUACACUUGAAUCAACUGCAAAAACAACAGAAGUUCCAACUUCCAGUACACCAGAAUCAACUUUGCCAACAACAGAAGUUACCCCAUCCAGUACACUUGAAUCAACUGCAACAACAACAGAAGUUCCCACAUACAGUACACCUGAAUUAGCUGCGCCAACAAUAGAAGUUCCCACAUACACUUCAACUGAAUCGACUACGCCAACAACAGAAGUUACCACAUCCAGUACACCUGAAUCAACUGUGCCAACAACAGAAGUUACCACAUCCAGUACACCAGAAUUAACUGUGCCAACAACAAAAAGUCCCACAUCCAGUACACCUGAAUCAACUGUGUCAACAAUAGAAGUUACCGCAUACAGUACACCAGAAUCAACUGUGCCAACAACAGAAGUUCAAACAUCCAUUACACUUGAAUCAACUGCAACAACAAUAGAAGUUCCAACAUACACUACACCUGAAUCGACUACGCCAACAACAGAAGUUACCACAUCCAGUACACAAAAAUCAACUGUGCCAGCAACAGAACGUUUUACAUCCAGUACAAUAGAAUCAAUUGUGCCAACAACCGAAGUUCACACAUCUAGCACACCAGAAUCAAUUGUGCCAUCAACAGAAGUUAUCAGAUCUAGUACACCUGAAUCAACUGCGCCAACAACAGAAGCUCCCACAUCAAAUACACCUGAAUUAACUGCGCCAACAACAGAAGUUCACACAUCCCGUACACCGGAAACAACUUUACCAGCAAUUGAAGUUCCCACAUCAAGUACACCAGAAUCAACUGUGCCAACAACAAUAAGUCCCAUAACAAGUACACCUGAAUCAACUGUGCCAACAACAAAAGUUCCCACAUCCAUUACCCUUGAUUCAACUGCAACAACAACAGAAGUUCCUACAUCCAUUACACCUGAAUCAACUACGCCAACAACAGAAGUUCCCACAUCCACUACACCUGAAUCAACUGCGCCAACAACAGAAGUUCCCAUAAGCAGUACACCUGAAUCAACUGUGCCAACAACAGAAGUACCCACAUCCAGUACACCUGAAUUACCUGCGCCAACAACAGAAGUGUACACAACCAGUCAAACUGAAUCAACUGUGCCUACCAAAGAAGUCCCCACAUACAGUAUACCUGAAUCAAUUGUGCCAUUAACAGUGGUUAUCAGAUCUAGUACACCUGAAUCAACUGCGCCAACAACAGAAGUUCCCACAUCCAGUAAACCUGAAUUAACUGCGCCAACAACAGAAGUUCCCACAUCCCGUACACCUGAAACAAUUGUACCAGCAACUGAAGUUCCCACAAUCACUACACUUGAACCAAUUAUGCCAACAACAGAUGUUACCACAUCCAGUACACCUGAAUGGAUUGAGCCAACAACAGAAGUGUACACAACCAGUCAAACUGAAUCAACUGUACAUACCAAAGAAGUUCCCACAUCCACUACACCUGAAUCAACUGUGUCAACAACAGAAGUUACCACAUCCAGUACACAAAAAUCAACUGUGCCAGCAACAGAACGUUUCACAUCCAGUACACCAGAAUCAACUGUGCCAACAACCGAAGUUCCGACAUCCAGUACACCAGAAUCAACUGUGCCAACAGCAGAAGUACCCACAUUCAUUACACCUGAAUCAACUGUGCCAACAACAAAAGUUCCCACAACCAGUCAAACUGAAUCAACUGUGCCUACCAAUGAAGUUCCCACACACAGUAGACCUGAAUUACCUGCGCCAACAACAGAUGUUCCCAUAACCAGUACACCUGAAUCAACAGUGCCAAAAACAAUAAGUCCCAUAACCAUUACACCUGAAUCAACUGUGCCAACAACAAAAGUUCCCACAUCUAUUACAUUUGAAUCAACUGCAACAACAACAGAAGUUCCUACAUCCACUACACCUGAAUCAACUACGCCAACAACAGAAGUUCCAACAUCCAGUAAACCUGAAUCAACUGUGCCAACAACUAAAGUUCCCACAAUCAAUACACCUGAAUCAACUGUGCCAAUAACAGAAGUACCCACAUCCAGUACACCUGAAUUAACUACGCCAUCAACAGAAGUGUACACAACCAGUCAAACUGAAACAACUGUGCCUACCAAAGUUGCCACAUACAGUACACCUGAAUCAAUUGUGCCAUCAACAGAAGUUAUCAGAUCCAGUACACAUGAAGCAACUGCGUCAACAACAGAAGUUCCAAUAUCCCUGUGA